CGUUAAAAUAUUUUUAAUGAAAAAUAGUUUGGUAUAAAAGGCUGUGUAUUAAGAAGAUUUAGCAUAGUUUGAUUAACUUCUAAUCAAAUCACCACAAAUCUUCAAAAUGUUCAAAUUGUUCUUCUUCGCCGCUAUCUUGGCUUUGGCUGCCGCUGCUCCACAACCAGCACCAGCUCCAAAAGCUCAACCCAAACCUUGGUUAUCCUAUGCUGCUCCCGUCGCUUACGCAGGAGUUCCAGCUUACUCUGCAUACUCUUAUAGCGCUCCAUUAGCUUACUCUGCAUACUCUGCUCCAGUAGCAUACCCUGGAGUAGUAGGAUACAGCGGAUGGGGUGGAUGGCCCGUAGUGUACUAAAGAGAUUUUAAUCUGUGUUAAUGAUAAGAGCUUGUAAAUUUGUAAAAAUAAAAAUUGUUUUUUAAA